ACUCACCCUCUGGCUUCCUGUCGGGGCUUCCUCAGCCCCACCCCACAUUUGGACAUUUGGGGCAUUUCCUUCCCUGACAGCGGGACCUGAGACUGGGCUGGGGCCCUGGCGGAUGGAGACAUGCUGCCCCUGCUGCUGCUGCCCCUGCUGUGGGGGGGGUCCCUGCAGGAGGAGCCAGGGUAUGAGCUGCAAGUGCAGAAGUCGGUGACGGUGCAGAAGGGCCUGUGCGUCCUUGUGCCCUGCUCCUUCUCUUACCCCUGGAGCUCCUGGUAUUCCCCUCCCCCACUCUACAUCUACUGGUUCCGGGACGGGGAGAAUCCACACUAUGCUGAUGCUGUGGCCACAAACCACCCGGACAGAAGAGUGAAGCCAGAGACCCAGGGCCGAUUCCGCCUCCUUGGGGACGUCCAGAAGAAGAACUGCUCCCUGAGCAUCGGAGAUGCCAGAAUGAGGGACAGGGGAAGCUAUUUCUUCCGCGUGGAGAGAGGAAGGGAUGUAAAAUAUAGCUACCAACAGAAUAAGCUGAGCUUGGAGGUGACAGCCCUGACAGAGAAACCUGACAUCCACUUUCUGGAGCCUCUGGAGUCAGGCCGCCCCACAAGGCUGAGCUGUAGCCUUCCAGGAUCCUGUGAAGCGGGACGACCUCUCGCAUUCUCCUGGAAGGGGGAUGCCCUCAGCCCCCUGGACCCCGAGACAACCCGCUCCUCGGAGCUCACCCUCACCCCGAGGCCCGAGGACCACGGCACCAACCUCACCUGUCAGGUGAAACGCCAAGGAGCUCAGGUGACCACGGAGAGAACUGUCCAGCUCAAUGUCUCCUAUGCUCCACAGAACCUCGCCGUCAGCAUCUUCUUCAGAAAUGGCACAGGCACAGCCCUGCGGAUCCUGAGCAACGGCAUGUCGGUGCCCAUCCUGGAGGGCCAGUCCCUGUUCCUCGCCUGCACAGUUGACAGCAACCCGCCUGCCUCACUGAGCUGGUUCCGGGAGGGAAAAGCCCUCAAUCCUUCCCAGACCUCAGUGUCUGGGAUCCUGGAGCUGCCCAACAUAGGAGCUAGAGAGGGAGGGGAAUUCACCUGCUGGGUUCAGCACCCGCUGGGCUCCCAGCACCUGUCCUUCAUCCUUUCUGUGCAGAAAAGCUCCUCUUCCUGCAUAUGUGUAACUGAGAAACAGCAGGGCUCCUGGCCCCUCGUCCUCACCCUGAUCAGGGGGGCUCUCAUGGGGGCUGGCUUCCUCCUCACCUACAGCUUCACCUGGAUCUACUAUACUAGGUGUGGAGGGCCCCAGCGGAGCAGGGCUGAGAGGCCUGGCUGAGCCCCUCCUGCUCAAGACAGAACCGAGGUGUGGACAUCCAGCCCUGCGGGACAGACGCAGGACAUCACUGUCAGCUUCUUUCUGGAUGCUCACAUCCCACUGACUACCCCUCUUUUCCUUCCUGCCCCAUACCCCGUCUACUUAUCCCCCUCUGCUUGCGAGUCUUGCCCCACCACACCUGCAUCCCCAUCUGCACCCCAUCCCCUCCCCAUCCCCCCCUUCUCUUCCCUCUCCAUCCUCCAUCUCCAGCCCUGUGAAGGGAAUGUACUUUCGGUCUUAUACCCCCGUUACCCAUUACCCAAAAGUUACUUACCUUUUCUUUUUUUUGAGACAGAGUCUCGCUCUGUUGCCGAGGCUGGAGUUCAGUGGCACAAUCUCCGUUCACUGCAACCUCCACCUCUGGGGUUCAAGCAAUUCUCCUGCCUCAGCUUCCCUAGUAGCUGGAAUUACAGGUGCCUGCCACCACACCCAGCUAAUUUUUUUUUUUUGUAUGUUAGUAGAGAUGGGGUUUUACCACGUUGGCCAGGUCUCGAACUCUUGACCUCAAGCAAUCCACUGCAUUGGCCUCCCAAAGUGCUGGGAGUGCAGGAAUGAGCCACCGUGCCUGGCUGCCAAACGUUACCUUCUUAACACUUGAAUUUCUGGUCUCCUCAGCUUCCCUAUCCAUAUAGUCACAGACAGGCAGCAUUUGUUUUCCAGUUAAAACUCUACCUCAUUGUGAUUAUUAUCCAAUACAAUUCUUAUAAAAUAAGUAAAACUUUUAUGAAACAAUA